AUGGGGAGCGCAGCCUCGACGGCGGGCGAGAAGAAGAACGGCAAGUCCGCUCCCAAGGCGACAGAGGCCUCUGCCCCUCGGCCGGCCCCGGCCCGCCCCCGGGGUGGUUCCUCCUCUUCCGCGUCCUCCUCGCAACGGACGCGCACGUCGUCCAUUCUGAGCGCCGCCUCGCUGCUCUCCAUAAAGAGAGGCUCGCUGGUCAAGAGGUCGUCGUUCGUCCCGGCGGCAGCCGACGUGCAGCAGGAGAUCGACAUGAAGCUGGGCGGCGAGGCGGACGCCGCCCGCCCGCCCUCUCGCUCGAUUGUCGUCACCGGCCCCCAAAGUGGCGGCAAGUCAACCCUCAUCCGGCAGCUCAACAUACUAUUUUCGGUGGAGGCGGCGGAGAGUGAGCGGCUCAAGUACAAGAAGGAGUUGCAUAAGACCGCUCUCCUCGCCGUGCAGAUCCUCCUCAGCUCCAUCGACGAGGGGGAGCGCACGCCCGAGGCCACGGCCGUCCUCUCGCUCCGGCGGCCGCAUUCGCCUUACUGUCGCCGCGACGAGAGCUGCUGGCCGACGGCGGCAGAGGUGGACGCUCUUCGCCAGAAGCUCGAGCCCGCGGCCGAGCGCACGCUCACCUGGGACGGGCCGGGCAGCCCGCGCCCGGCGCCGGCCGUGCUUGGACUGAAGCUGGCGCUGGAACACGAAGCAGCAAAGCUGGGCGUGCUUUACGUUGACCCAGCUCGCUCUCAGCCUCUCUCCGGGGCGGGAAGGAGCGGAGCUGUGAUGGACCCGGUCGUAGUCGCAGACCCGUCAUCAAAGUGCGGAAGCACAGUAUCGUACGUCGGAGCCGCACUACGGCAGCCCCUUGCCGAAGUCUGGCAGCCAGAGUGCGCAGCCAGCCUGCGCAACAACCCCCUCCCAGAUCCACUGCUCGCCUCCAGCGAGCAGGACCUGCUCAAGGCGGCGUUCGUUGUGUGGCCGCUCACAACGAACCACGUGCAGGAGGCCGUGCUCUUUGCCGCGAGGCAUAGGCUCUGCGUGGCCGUGAUAGGCACCGGCCAUGACUGGGCCAACCGCCACUCCUGCCCGGACGGAGUCUACAUCCGCACCUCCCUCCUCAACUCGCACUCCUUCGACCCGAGCCUGGACAACGGAUGUGGCGCGAUGGAGUUUGGCGCGGGGCUCACGUUCGAGCAGGCGCACUCGUACGCUGCAAACCACGGCCGUUUCAUUGCGAGCGGAUGGUGUCCGACGGUGGGCAUCGCUGGCUGGUCUCUCUCGGGCGGCCACGGGCCCUUUGCACCAUCAAAGGGCCUCGGCGUCGACAACCUGGUCCAGGCAGAGGUCGUGCUGGCCAACGGGUCCGCAGUCACCGUCAACAGCACUCACCACCCCGAGCUUUGGAAGGCGAUGAGGGGGGGUGGAGGGGGCGCGUGGGGUGUCGUCACGAAGAUGGCGCUGCGCGCGCACCCGAUCGAGGAUGGCGGCUUCACCAUGGCCACCGCUAGCUUCCGAGGCGACGGCUGCGAUCGCGCUGUCCUCAACAGGACGGUCGAAGCCAUUUACGGCAAACUCGGCUGGGCGACGUCCGUUAACAGCACCCUCGGCGGCUAUGGGCUCAUCGCCACAUCGCCGAGCUUCUUCAGUCUCUUCAAGUGCCAUGCAACGUGGAGCAUCGAUCUCAUCUACGCGUGGCCCGGUGACAGUGGCCAGGCGGUGUGGGACCAGCUGGCUGACAAGACCGACGGCCUGGCGGGCAAGUUCACAAAGAGGACCUACGGCACGUGGUGGGAGGCAGUGCGGGCAACGGAUGAGUUCCAACCGUACAAGGACCUACCACUCAUUGAGAGAAUCGAGGUGGACGCCAUUGGCGACGACGCGAUCUUGCCGAUGCCGUACCUGAAGGGUGGCGCUGGGCCGUCGGUUCUCGUGCCGCUCGAGAAGCUCGAGGGUGGUGACGUCGCGUCCGCGCUCAAGGAUCAGCUCGCCUCCUCGCUCACCUCACACCGCGCGUCAGCGGUGCAAAUCUUCCAGGACCUCACCGGAAACAGGGGCUCUGAGCACCUGCGGAACCGCGACGACACAUCCAUCUCCGACGGCCUGCGAACCGCAGCUUUGCAUCUCGUCUUUUCGGCGGCCGGAGGGCACAGUCGUGAUGCCGACUCUGCCUUCUGCAAGCUAGGAGCGAACGCGUAUCAGGCGGAGGCGUCCUUUGGCGCUGGCGCCGGCACGUUUGGCAUGAAGCAGCAGGAGGUGGCCCAGGCCUGUGGCGGCGGUAGGUGGAAGGAGACGUUCUGGGGAGAGGAGCUGUACGGUGAGCUGAACGAGCUGAAGAGCCGCCUCGACCCGAAUAAGACCUUCUGGUGCCGCUACUGCGUCGGCGACAACACGUCGUUGGCCUAG